AUGUUUAGAUCACUUCGACCUCAAUUAAGCUUGAGCUCUGCUUUAAUACGGCCUUCUAUUACAAGUUCAUUUCGUACUACAAGCCGGCAAUUCAAGUCAUCAACUAUACAACUCAAGUUGUUUGGGAAAAGCAAACAUGAAUCUAAACCUAUUGUAAAUAACCAUAUAAAUUCAGUUACUCAACCAGACGCAAAUUCCACCACAAUCGAACAACCAACGAGUGCCAGAGAUGAUACACAACAAAAGGGAGUCACCGAACAAGAUUUCAAGACUCAUCCAAUAUUGAAAAGAGUUCCCAAAUUUCUUCGAAAUUAUGCUUCCAAAUUUGUCAAUGCUCCAUUCUCACAUUUAAUAGCAUUCAUAGUGUUACAUGAAAUGACAGCUAUAGUUCCGUUAUUUGGAAUAUGGUAUUAUUUACAUCAACAUCCGGGAUAUAUACCAUUAGAUUUACCACAAUGGGCUAUAAGUAAAGGAGCAAAGGUAAUGGAUUCAAUGAUGGGUAAAAUUGAUUGGAAUCUAAAUACUGCUGAUAAAUUCAGUGUUAUUGUUGAAGGUGCAUAUGCAUUCACAAUUGUUAAAUUUUUAUUACCUAUUAGAAUAGUUAUAAGUUUAUACUUCAUGCCAUGGUUUGCAAGAUGGUUUGUUUUACCAAUUACAAACUUGUUUAAAAACAUGAGAGAAAUAAGAAAAACUAAAAAGCUACAAAAGAAAAGUAAAGGAUUGAAUGAGUCGGAGUUGAAGAAAAUAGAUAAGCCAAGAUUAUAA